AUGCAAUUAAGACGUGAUUUGACCAAUAUUGCUGCACAAGCUUUGACUGCCCUGAAUUUUUUCGAAGGAUUUAUGGAGCUAGUAACUGAAGAAGUGAUAGACGAAGCAGUGACCGAGUUCUACAGUGGUGAAUGGAAGAAUGAUGUUCGCAGUGGUUUUGGCGUAUGUGAACGAACCGAUGGAUUGCGGUAUCAGGGUGAAUGGGCAAAUAACGCCAAAAACGGCUAUGGUGUUACGACUUUAAAGGAUGGAACGUGAGC